UUUAAACCACGACAGAUAUGAGCUCGUUCUUGAAGCUUGUGACCGUAAGUGUAGCUUCAUUCCUUGUGUAUGUUCACAGCGAGUCUGCAGUCUACAAGCUGCAUACGGAUUCCAGUUGCACGUCGCGGCCUUCCAUCAUUGGCUUCCAGGAAUCGCCACCUCCGUCGUGUUCAGCUAUCACCACGUGCUCUAGUGUCAACAUCGAUGGAGAGAAACUGUACUGGGAUCGAGCGUGUGCCUCAGACACUUACUAUGUCCAAUCUGCUGCUGCUUACGGGGACAAACCGUUUGUGUUGAUGGAGAUCUACGAAUCGGGACAAGAGUGCAAGAAACUUCUCUCUGGUGUAGCGUUUCUGGCGGAUGGAAGCUGCUUGGUAGCCGACAACGGAGUGUCCAGUAUGAAGGUUUCUCUCAAUGCGGAUGAAUCGGCAACUUUCCUCACCUAUCGAGGCACAAGUUGCAGUGGCACAGCUGUCAAGAAUACGAAAGUCACAAAAGCGGCGAUCACAAGUCACUCGUGUGAGAUUGGAGCCCUCAAGUUUUAUUCCAGCAGCGCCACGACAGCCACAGCGACGACAGCACCGCCUACUGACGGCUCGGAUAAGUCUAUUUCCACUACGACGUCCCAGUCGACACCAAAAGCGUCAGUUCACCUGAUUGUUGCGAUCACAGCAUUGGCAUUGACCAUCACUCUGUAUUGA